GGGCGUGGCCGGAAGUGACGCAAGCGGCGGCAGCGGCGCUAAUUAAGCCAUGGGGGAGCUGAGUGACCUGGACCGGCAAAUUGAGCAACUGAGACGCUGCGAGCUCAUCAAGGAGAGCGAGGUCAAGGCCCUGUGCGCAAAGGCCCGGGAGAUCCUGGUGGAGGAGAGCAACGUUCAGCGCGUCGACUCCCCGGUGACCGUGUGCGGGGACAUCCACGGGCAGUUCUACGACCUCAAGGAGCUCUUCCGGGUGGGCGGGGAUGUGCCCGAGACCAAUUACCUGUUCAUGGGCGACUUCGUCGACCGCGGCUUCUACAGCGUGGAGACCUUUCUGCUGCUGCUGGCGCUGAAGGUGAGGUACCCAGACCGGAUCACGCUGAUCAGGGGCAACCACGAGUCCCGGCAGAUCACGCAGGUGUGGCACAGGUGUGGCACAGGUGAUGCCAGGGAUGGUUUAUCGGUGUUAUACCACACCCAGGUGCAUUAUACAUGACCCAGGUGUGUCAUACAUGACCCAG